AUGGCUGGUAUAAAGGCAAUAGUUUUUAAUACAAUAUUUCUAAUCAUAUUAAAUGUAGUUAGUGCAAAUGUUCAAGUUAAAACGAACAGUGGUGUUGUAGAAGGCAUAGAAGUUAAAUCUAUUUUGAAAGAUGAGAAAUAUUAUUCUUUCUUGGGAAUACCGUAUGGUGAACCACCCGUUGAAGACUUGAGAUUUAUGCCCCCAAAACCGCACAAGAACUGGGAAGGAGUGCUAGCGGCCAAAAAGGAAAAGAAACCAUGUGCACAAUUCAACUUCGCCAUAAGAGAUACGAGCGAAUACGGUUUCUAUGGAGUUGAAGACUGUCUACAUCUCAGUAUACAUACUCCUAAAAUUCCUUCUACCAGCCAGAAUGUCAAUUUACCAAUAAUAGUUCUAUUUAUUAAUGAACAAUUCAGAGUCAUGCCUAACAUAUCAAAAGAAUUUGGACCAGAUUUCUUUAUGAAAGAAGGCGUAAUAAUCGUAAGUGUUAACCACAGAUUAGCAUCAUUAGGCUUUCUAUCAAUGGAGGAUGAUCUACUACCAGGCAAUAAUGGACUUAGAGACGUCAUAUUGGCUUUAAAAUGGAUUAAAGAUAACAUACACAAUUUUGGAGGCAAUCCCAAUAAAAUAACCCUUAUGGGUCAGCAAGAAGGAGCCGUGUUGGUUGAGAUACUGUUACAUUCUCCAAAAGCGAAAGGAUUAUACCAUGGAGCAAUACUGCAGAGUGGCACAGUGUGGAAUUCUUUGUAUUUCACAGGAAAAGCUCGUGAAAGAGCUAUUGAAUUUUCCAAGCAAAUGGAAGAACAUGCGACUACGACCACGUUUAUGUUGAAACGAUUUGCUGAUGUGCCAGCUGAGAAAUUACUUGACAGUGAACAUAUGGCUGUCCACGCUGAUGAAGCUAGAGCCAUUCAAAGAGGCAUUAUUCCAUUUGGACCAGUGAUAGAACAUGAUCAUCCUGAAGCGAUAAUCACUAAGCUCCCAGAAGAAGGACUAGUUAAUAUUGAGGUACCAAUUAUGAUUGGAUACACUUCAAGAGAAGCUCUAGAAGCGAACAAGAAUUUCUUUGUCAGACCACAAUUCUUGACAUACGCUGAUAGAGAUUUCUUAGUAAUGAUACCUAUUAGAGCAGGUUUUCACUUUACAGUCAAUGACAAAAUAUACUUCCGUGCCGUUAAAGAUAUCAAAGAUUUCUAUUUUGACGAAGGCUAUGUAAAGAAUAGUAAGCCUGGAGAAUAUAUUACAUAUAUGAGCGAUGUGUUAUCGUUCUAUCCCAUAGACUAUGCAGUAAGAAAGUAUAGCAAAGAAUCUAAAUCUGACGUAUUUUAUUAUACAUUCGAUUUUAGUGGAGAAUUGAAUAACAGAAAGAUAGAUGCUUUAAAGGAGGCUAGAAAUUAUGAUGGCACAUGGGGAGCUACUGUAGGCGACGAUCUUUGCUACUUAUUUGUAUGUAAGAAAAUAAAGAAAGCCUACAAGGAAGCUAUGGAACAAAACGACUCGGAAGAAAUGCAGGUUUUAGACAAUAUGGUGCGGAUGUGGACAAACUUUGCAAAAACAGGAAACCCAACACCUCCCGGUGAUAAGUUUACAUGGAAACCAGCAACGCCUGAAAACAAAGAAUGUCUGCUAAUCAACGAAGAGCUGCAAAUGAAGACCAAACUUCACGAGGACAGGGUUAAGUUCUGGGACGACUGGAUAAAGAAAUACAAGGAAAUGGCAAAAGAUAGUGUUGUUAAAGAUGAACUUUAGAAAAUCCCACUAGUAUAAUUAUGUAAAUGAAUUACAACAUUUGUUUAAAAAAGUUUUGUAAUCGACUUUGUACGGACUGCCUUAGACUAUUACAAUUAUUCUAUUCAUAUUAUUUCCAAUUAUUUAUAAUUAUUCAAUAGCAAAGUGAAAGAAUUCGUCUAGAGAAAUACUGUCACUUACU